AUGUCUGAAACAGGGGUCUCGGGAAAGACUGAGUUGAGCGAGUUGCUCAAGCAAUUAGAUGCCACCAUUGACAAUUUGGAAAGAAAACGGCUGCAACUCCAUGCCCAGGUUCAUCAAUCGACAGAUUCAAAGCAGACGGAAAGCGGCAAAAAGAACAAGCCAGGGGAAGACACUAGUCUUGGGAAGUUGAUUGGUCAGUUUGACGCGAAGCUCAAGCAGGCGCACUCCACCAGGGAAAACUUGAUCAAACUUGGAGAAUUGCUGCAGGGCCCCGCGGUCAAGGAGGAAGAUAAGCUCAAUGAGGAAAAUCUCCCGUUUAUGGACAUUCAAGAGGAAUACGACGAGGACGGAAACAUAAUCAGCGUGAAAAUCAACGAGGAGCCAUUUGAAAUUGACAAAUCGAGCACCAAGAAAAAUGGAGGAAAGAAGGUUCAAGCCCUGGAUGGCGGUUCCGCUCACAAGAGGCUGCAGCCUGCGAACAAAGAAAACGGCAAUCAUCAAGUAAAAGAGGGCAAGGAGGUAGAUGAGAGAGAAGAAGAAGAAGAGUUGAGGCAGUUAUUUAAGGAUAUGGAGCUACUCCCCCACCGGCGGGACAAGCGAGCCAUCAAUAUUGACCAGGAUGAAUUGUUGAAAAAAAUCGAUAAUCUUCAAGUCACGCCUCAGGAGAAGCAAGACUUGAGAAAAGCAUGUGUUGAAGCAUUCAGUGCAUUGCAUGAGGAUACAAACAACGAGAGCCUGGCCAAAGAUGGCAAGACGCAAAAAGGCGUUUUUAAUCCUACGGCAAUUGAUAAGGGUGACCUACUAGAGCUAGAGCUCCUCGCUGAAGACGUCAAAGACGAAGAUGAAGAUGGAGACGGGCGAGAACAACCCGUCAACAACGACGAUGAAUUUGAUUACGAUUUCGAGGAAGAUGACGAUGACGAUGACGAAGACGAAGACGAUGAAUAUUCGGAUAAUAUCCUCUAUGGCAAUGCUAGAGAUGGGUCUUGGUUUGGACGGAAAGAUCACAAGGAUGCAAAUAACUUGAUGUGGCAACAAAUCAACAAACUACGGAGCCUGCGUGAACAUCCUCCCCAGAAGCAUGAAUUGGUCGCCAACGAAGUGGAAAUGGAAGCUGUGGAAGAGCCCAAGAAGAAGCAGAAAUCGGUCCGUUUUGCUGAAAACCUCGACAUCAAGAACGUGGAAAACAUCAGCGGUAGCUUAAAGAAUCCACCGCCUGCGCCUCGCAAGCAGUCCCUCUUUAAACAGAAUCGAACCGGGCUCAGAGCCUCGCCGAUGCAGAGCGAAAAAAAUGAACAAGAACAUGCUGAGGAUCACGACGCUGUAAAGGAGACGAUUGUGGAGAGAGAUCCUGGUGGUGUGGAGGAUGCCAAUAAGGAUGAUGGUGUGGUUGGGGACGUGAUGGAGAAGGACGGUUUUGGAGUGGAAGAACUUAAACCACUGCAUCCAACGAAACGACCCGUGUCGCGAUUUAAAGCAAUGAGCAGCAAGUCGGGGAGUAACUCAACAUCGCCGAGCUCAGCGGAGACAAAAAACAUGGCUACUACUCAACAGAACGGUGAGAAAACAAACUCCCAUCAGCUCGAAGAAGAACAAGUAGAAGAUGGUGAUGAAAAGGGACAGCUGGUGAAAGCGACGCAAUUGGAUUACCACAAUAUGCACGAGGACUUGGACACCAUGGCCAAGGCCUACGUGUUGGGGAUGUACGACGACGACAUCACUACGCAGGGACCCGUGCUUGAGCACUUGGAUGACUUUGCCGGGCACAACAAGAUGGUUGAAGAAAAGAAACGCAGUGGCGCCUUGCUGGUUCAUGAUGAAGGAUCGGCAAAUUCGGACGAAAUCGGCAUGGAUUACCGAGAUGAGGACAACAUGGACAUUGAUGAGGAUGACAAUGGGGCCAUAAUGACUGAUGACAUAGUGGAGACCGAGUUCGACGACGCAGAUGGAGACGCUGGCAAAUUUGAUGAGGACGAGAUUCAUCUACGAGAAGUGCGAGACGACUACUACAGGUUGAGACAAAAGAUGAUCCUGCAACAAAAUGGGUACAAGCAGCCCUCGAAGGAAGAGAGAGAGUUUAUACCCGUGGAUGAAAAUGGCAACGAUGUGAAAGUGAGCAGGUUCAAGGCGGGCAGGUUGAGACCGACGUAA